GCUUCUCUCUCUCUCUCUCCAGAAAAGCACCGGGGAUUUGCCUUCAUUGAAUUUGAGCUGGCAGAGGAUGCGGCAGCAGCUAUUGACAACAUGAAUGAGUCUGAGCUCUUCGGCAGGACAAUUCGUGUGAACUUGGCCAAACCAAUGCGAAUUAAAGAAGGAUCAUCCAGGCCUGUGUGGUCGGACGACGACUGGCUGAAGAAGUUUUCGGGGAAGACUCUGGAGGAGAACACAGAGGAGGCAGGAGCAGAGGCCCCCAAAACAGAAGUGCAGGAGGGUGAGCCUCCUGCCAAGAAAUCCCGGGUCAACCCUCAGGUUUACAUGGACAUCAAGAUUGGAAACAAACCUGCGGGGCGGCUGCAGAUCCUCCUGCGCUCAGAUGUGGUGCCCAUGACCGUAGAGAAUUUCCGCUGCCUCUGCACCCAUGAGAAAGGCUUCGGCUUCAAAGGGAGCAGCUUCCACCGCAUCAUCCCCCAGUUCAUGUGCCAGGCUGGCGACUUCACCAACCACAACGGCACCGGAGGCAAAUCCAUCUAUGGGAAGAAGUUUGAUGAUGAAAACUUCAUUCUCAAACACACGGGGCCAGGGCUGUUAUCGAUGGCAAACUCUGGCCCAAAUACCAACGGCUCCCAGUUCUUCAUCACUUGUGAUAAAACAGACUGGCUGGACGGGAAGCACGUGGUGUUCGGGGAGGUGACGGAGGGCAUGGACGUGGUGCGGCAGAUCGAGGUAGGUGCCGGCAGCAGGGUGGUCGGGCAGAGGGAGGCAGGUCCCUGGCUGGCUGCCGUCCUGCUGGGAAGCGAGCCUGGUCCAACUCCAUCUCCAUCCGAGAGGGAGGGCUUUUACCGGGAUGUGCAAGUGGGAGGACAAGGGCUGGCCAAGGAGCGUGAGGAAAUGAAGAAGCCCUUUGGGUGA